AUUAGUCAUGCAUACAUAUUCUACGAUCGUGCCAAAACGAUAGCCAUUUUCCAUUGUUGAAAAAUGUUAACCCUCUGACCUGGCAUAGCAGCCUAUUUUUCUCUUUGAUUGUAUCGGGGACUAAGUCAACAAGAUGUCUGGCUCCAUUUACCACUACAGUGAUUCUGACUAUGAGAUGGUCGAUCCGUUACAGGAGUCUUUGAGUCGGACUCCGGAGAGCGGGAAUUCCAGGACAGUGGCGCCGGAGCCAACGCAACGGACGCCCGUAGGCUCGAGCCCACAGAAGCCGCCCCGACCAGCUAGCAUGGCCGGAGCACAACCGCGAAACCACAGCGGAGAACAGAGUAGAAGUUCUUCUAUACAGAUGGACGAUAUCCACAUUACAGACCCACGGUAUUCUGAAGUUCCUGAACCAUACGAAACCAUUUCCAUCAAGUCCCAACCAGCUGACCCAAAUUUCAACGAGCCCCAAGUUCAACCCACAAAUAAAGCCAGCCCCAACCAGUACACACCUACUGAACCCAGUUUCAUCCAGCCUGAAGACCGACCCAGUACUAAAUCCAGCUCCGACCGGUACCAGCCGCCUCAAACCAAAACAACCCAGUCUCAACCGCCUGCAAAUAAUUCCCCAAGAUCAGAACCAAUCAACAAAGAGGAACGGAAGAAGGCAGUGCUUGUCAAUAAACUCAAAGCAGCUGAUGAGCCCGAUGAUGAUUAUGAUGAUUACGAAAAUUCAUUUAUGCAACGACACCGCCGUCCCAUAAUGGUUGUAGUCUUUCUUCUACUGGUUGCGUUGGCCAUAGCUCUUGGAAUUGGUGCCAGAAAUGCUUCUAUGGUGACCUUUGAAGGAUCUUUUUCUAAGAACAUCGGCAAGCAGUGUACGCACCUGUGUAAGGACGUGAACAGAUAUUCUACUCCCCCGUUGGUUGUGAUUGCACUGAAUGGCUUUCAGAGUGGUUUCUUUAGGCACCAGUCCCUUGUCAGUAACAUGGCACGCCUGGCUGAGUGUGGUGUUCAUGGUAACACUAUUCCAUCCUAUCCAUCAACGGCCAUACCCAAUCUCUAUUCUGUGGUCACAGGUAUCCAUCCGGCGUACCAUGGAAAAGCUUCCGAUUGGCUGAGAGCCUACAGCUUGAAUGAGACAGAGUUUGGUCCAGCUGAACAUCCGAAUACCUACAGCAGAAUGGAUCCCAAAUGGUUCCAGUUGAAUGGGCUUUGGGGCAUUGCUGCAGACCAGGGUCUUCUGACUGCCAGUCACUCAUGGAUCGGACGAGAGGGCGACAUUGAUGAAGAACGACCUCCAUCGCCAUCUUACUAUCAGACAUAUGACAGUGGAGUUGACUACCGCAAUCGAAUUCAAACAGUACUGAACUGGUUAAAUCUAGACCCAUCAGAAAGACCGGAUUUCAUUACCGUCUACUUUGAAGAUCCUGGAGUAACAGUUCAGAAGUAUGGUUUAGAUUCUGAGCAGACCAUGAAUAGCCUAGCCAGAGUUGACGCUGCCAUAGGCAAGCUACUAGACGCCAUGUAUGAGGAGUCGAAUCUUGGAUGUAUCAAUGUCAUGGUGGUAUCAACAGGAGGCUUAGCAGAGAGAAGCUGUGAUCGGACCUACUAUCUUAUUGAUGACCUCCGGGAUGUAGAUGAUUUCACGCUGCUUCCUGACUCAGUGACUUCUGUAGGAAGCAUAACUGCAACUGACAGAGCUCCAUCAGAAAUGGACACUUCAGAAGAAAUAAUGGAACAUUUGCAGUGUAAGGUGGAUCACGGUCAGGUGUUUACUAAGAGACUGCUCCCUGUACACCUGCAUUCCUCUUAUGGCCUCCAGUAUGAAGACACAGUGGUGCUGAUGGACGAAGGAUGGACAUUUGCAAAGCAACAGGAAGGCUACGAUCGUUCCAACUGUAAAGGUGCCUCUGAUGGCUUCAACCCAUACAGCUCAAAUAUGCAGGGAAUGUUUGUUGGUUUUGGAAAGAGUUUUAAGACAGCCAAGACCGUCCCAGCAGUGAGGAAUGUUGACUUAUAUAAUCUCAUGGCAGAACUCAUCAAUGUUACACCACGGGACAACAAUGGCACAGCAGGCAUUUUGAGUGAUGUUCUGACAUCACCAACGACGCAAGAUACGGUUGUCAUGGAGUUCUCAUCUCCAAGGAAUGCAGACUGCAGUUACCCAGCAAACGACAACGAAUACGAUCAGAGGCAGAGAGAUUCGGCUACAGGUUGCGUCUGCACACAAGCAACGCUGGAUUCUUACCCAGAAACUAAUGGCGUUGUACUGAAGGAUAAAGAUGAAAAUAUCAGACAAACAAAUGCUGCAAGUUCCAGACAGAGAAAUGCUCCCUUUGGUUUCCCCAAGAUCUCGAGAAACGUCGGACCCACAGGGCAGGAUUACUGUGAGCUGUAUCAGUACAACUUCAUCACUGCAUAUGAAAACAGACUAGAAAUUCCUCUAUUUGCCACCUUCACUAUGCAAAGAAAUGCUGGUAGAGUCACACAGAUUAUAAACUGUCUGCGUUACGAUGUCAGACUACAACCUGAGAAAUCACCAAAAUGCUCCAAUUACGACAGUAAUAUGAAUCCAAGACUGCCAAUCGACGUGGUACAGGGAUUGCUCUAUGAUCCAUCUUUAGCGGAUUCUGUGGACAAUGAGUUGAAUGCGCUGACAUCGGCCAACAUUGUACCUAUGUAUACUGCUUUCCAACAAGAUGUGUGGCUGCCAUUGGCCGGAAAGAUACGCCAAUGGGCCAAUCAUGACAACCGAUCAGCCGAGAUGAACGUUGUGAUUGGUCCAGUCUACGAUUGGGACUCUGACACGUUGCAGGAUACUUACCGCGAUCUUGCAGCAAGCCAAGCCUGGGUCGUAGACACUCCCGUCCCAUCUCACUACUUCAUCGUAGCUUCAAGAUGUAAGGAAGACGUCAGCUUGAACAUGUGCCCCCUACAGUCUCUGGAAGUGAUAUCCUUCGUUGUACCUCACACAAACUCCGUCAGAAUCUGCAAGACUUUUGACGACUACUUGUCGACCCACUUGACAUCACUUCAAGACGUGGAGCUGAUCUCGGGACUACAGUUGUUCCCUGACAUGAGCACAAAUGAGGAGCUGAAGAUGGAGUACCUUCGGUUCAAAACCAAAAUGCCAACAAUGUCACCCUGGAUGAUGUAAAUCACAUCUUAUUCAAGUGAGUGAUACCCUAUUGCCAAAGUUUAAGGGAAGAGUUUGAUCUUCCAAAAUCCUCAAGGGAAGAUGGACAAGGUUAAAGGCUGGAAAGCUCGGUUGGAUAGAGGUUUUGAAAAAGUUGCAGGUUAUAACUCUAACUCCCUACUGUCUUUUACUAAGUACUGGACCAAGUCCGCCAAAAUCAAUCAAUCACACAGAUUCCAAUGCAUGCUUUGCUUUAGGCCUCCAGGCCCAAGUCCAUCAUACUCCAUCAAUAUUUAGUCAAACCCGGUCUGCAGGACCAAGUCCCCCAAAAAUCUACCAAAAUGGAGGGAUGGAUUUUGAUGGAGUUGGGAAGGUUUGGGUUAAUCCGGCUUUAGUCAACUGUCUUAAUUCUGAGAGUUUAUACUUCGCUCUCAAGGGACGAUGAUCAAAUGUGACUCAGGUUGAGUGUUGGGUUGUAUACUUGAAAUGGAUCGCUUUUAUUACAGAGAAUUAAUGAGAGGCUAAGUUUAGAUUAGUUUUACAGUCAUCGGAACAAGGGUCUGACUUGUAACUUGACCCCUCUAAUGUCUACGCAUUCAUUUUUUUCACUGCUCUUGGGAAUAUAUUCCAUUUGUUUUUAAGAUAUGAAUUACAGUACUACAAAAAAAGAUGUAGAUUCUGUGCAUCUGUCACUUACGUUAAUGUUUUAGGUGAGAUGAGUAAAUAAAGGUAAAGUUGGGAAGCUUGAUGACCGUCUUGAGGAUUUGUUUACAACUUUGAAACCACCUUGAUCUGUCUCUUGUGAAAUUUUCAUAAGUUUGAAAAUUAAGAUUUCUUUCUUUUUGUAAGUACUGUUAUAAGAUGGAAUUUUGCAUCGGGGCGAUAUAAAUCAAAUUUAGGUUUUGCCCUUCACCGAUGUUUACUGAGUAUUCAGUGUUUAAAUGUCGGUGAAGGGCAAAACCUAAUUUGAUUUGUAAGUACUGACAAAAAAAAGAAGUCUUGUUUUGGUUCAACUCAGCUGGAACUCAAAAGUAAUCCUAGGGUUUGCCAAAAUUUGAAGCUUAUGCAUGUCAACUGUAAAUGGAUUUUGUUUUCCCAUGGUGAAAAGAAAUUUAAACAAAGUUUUGACAAUUGAUAAAUGUUAAAACAGUCUGUAUUUAUGCAUAUUUCUCUGCACAGCUGGAAGUCACCUUUUAGACAUUUUACAAAUUACAUACACUGAUUUAUUCUGGCUGAAUACGUGGAAAGAAUUUAUCUAUGGUGACUGAAAAGUCCCUGCCUGGUGUAUAUUUUUGUGAAAUAUUAAAAUAUUAUAAUGGCAGAAUAGAAAUAAUAGUUGGUUUGAUGCUUUGUUUUAGUUUUCAGCUGCACAGAUAAUUUUGAUUAUGUAAUAGUUUUCUUUUUCAUUUGAGUAUUUCUUUAACACAAUUAAUAGGCAGGUCAUUUAAAUAUUGUUUAUUUUUAGGAAAAUUCCUCCUUUUUUUUCAUAAGUUGUCCAGUAGCAUUGUUAACCUUAGGAUCUUCGGCUUAAAUUUGAGUAACAAUGAGUAACUUUUUCGGAAGGUUUGCUUACAUCGAAAUGUAUCCAUUCUGAAAUUUGAGAAACUACUCUACAAUUGCAUUCUUUUUUUCUAUUUAUAGUUUAGAGCAACAUACCAAAGCACUUUCUUCCAGAUUAUCUUGAAUUGAACCACAUGUCAUAAAUCGGUACUAAGUCUCUCAGAUUUAGAGUUUGUAUUUUUAUAUCAGGUUUGGAAGAAAAAAUAUUUUUAGCUUAAUGUAGGGCAUAAUUUUCAGCAAUAUUGUAAUGAUCAUCUGUAAUCAAAAGAUCAUAAAAGUCGGAAUUCAUUUUCACUGACUCCAACAGGGUCUUUCAUUAUUUUGGGAAAACAUUUCAGUUAUUUGUUUAUUUAUUGGAAGUAAAUAACCUAAUAACAACAUUCUCUAAAACAUUCCGCGCACAUGGUAUUCAUAUUAGAUUCUUUUUAUCAAUGUAGUUAUUUGGUUGCUAAAAGUCAAAACAUUUUAAUGUUAUUCAGAGUGGCUGUAAAUAUUUUAUAACGAAGCUCUAUUUUCUGAUGAAGGGUAUUCAUGUAGGCCUAUAACUGUAUAUAUUGGUGCAGUACUAAAAUAUGUAGGUGUGACGAUUGUAUGUGUAUAUUUUGGAAAAUACUCUAAUUGAACAAACUCUACCAUUAUAUCUCCAAUAUGGUACUUUUUAAGAUGUAAACGAACAUCACAAUUAGUAAUGAAACUAAUUUCAUUGAUCGAUUCAGGAAAUUAAUCUUCAAACUCUACUGAAAUAAUUAUUAUUCGCAGAUUGUCAGUUUCAAAACUGAAUACAAAGUGGCUGGUUGGUUCUAAACAGGGCAACGAUCAAAGACCAGAAAUCUUUUUGCACCUCAAAGUUUCAUAUGAAGUUUUUCAUGUUUUUCACUUAAAAGUCAUGCUUCGAUUUAAACACAUGAACACUUGUAGUUUAAAUUCCUAUGCUCACAUGCGUAGUAGCUUUCUUGCAGGUGUUUGAAAAUAAACACAAUUAAACAAUA